UUUGAAAAGAUGUGGCCUAAAAAUUAACUCAGUACACGAAGGACCUACUUCCAUUGUCUAAGCCACGCAUUGCUUCUGCUAUGGAAAAAAGAGAAGGAAGACUUUGACUACCAGGUCUCCUUCCUCUAGAGAGAAGAGAACUGAAAACUGUGUCUUGCAUCUUCAUCAAUUUAUACUUUGUAAAGAUCCAAGUUUGUGUCCAAGCUAAGACUCUUUACUCACAACCAGGUUCGCUGCUGUUUCUACAUACUUAUGGGCACCUCAUUAAGCAUACCGAAAUUGAGAAGUAGAGCCACCUCAGAAGAAGGCUCAGAGGAAAAGGAGAGAAAUAUGUUGCGCAAUGGAGGCAUGUUAUUGGAAGAGCUGCUCCAUUCAUGUGAUGGAAAAUAUAAUCCCUUCCCAAUUUUCUCAGCUCAAGACCUUGUAAUUGCAACCAAUCACUACUCUCACCUAUUUUGCGAAGAUUAUCGUUCGUACAAGAUCUACAGGGGUUCCUCCAAUGGCCGUCCAAUACUUGUCAAGUCUUAUUACAAGUAUAUAGAAAAUGGUAUUAAUGAUAUUGUGUUUGCAUCACAGUUAAACAACCACAACAACAUACACAUGCUCUUGGGCUGCUGCCUUGAAACUGAAUAUCCGAUCCUAGUGUUUGAGUAUCCAGAAAAUGGACUUCUUUCUGAUCAUAUAUUUGGCGAUCAUCAUCAUCAGCCACUACCUUGGGAUUGUAGGUUGAAGGUUGCCAAGGAGGUUGCUGAUGCUUUGGCGUAUCUCCACACUGGGUUGUCCAUGCCCAUCAUUCACAGGCACGUAAAACCAUUAAACAUAUAUUUAGAUGGAAAUUAUGUUGCCAAGCUAUCAGAUUUUAGUUUGUCUGUAUCAAUUCCUCCAGGGGAGGAGUACGUAGAAACACUUCGUGUGGAAGGGACUAUUGGAUAUUUGGCUCCAGAAUACUUCCAAACAAGUCGAGCUACUGAGAAGUGUGAUGUUUACUCUUUCGGAUCGCUAUUGAUUGAAAUUUUGUCAGGAGAAGAGAUUAUGUAUUUCCGAUUGCCUAGCAUGAUAGGGGACAAGCCAGAUAUUGAUUCUAUUUUGGCAUCAUGUGGUGCCUUCCUGGAAGAGGAGGACAUGCCACAACUUGAUCAAUUUAUUAUUGAGAGAGCUACAAACUAUAUGGGAGCAGAUAUCACUUUGGAAGAUCAAUACAAGCUUUCAAUGGCAUGGAGACUUGCAUCCAAAUGCCAUAGUAGAAAUCCAGAGGAGAGGCCAACAAUGACGCAAGUAGCAAAAGAGAUUAGAAGGAUUAUCAAAUUUCAAUCAAUCUCUCCCACCACCCAUCAUGCUUGUUGAAUUGUGAGCUUGCUUCUUUCACAUUAAAACUGAUGAGAUAGAUGCCUUCGAGUUUUUUAAGAAGAAGAAGAAGAAUUCAUUAAUCCCAAUAUGUGUGUGAAAUUUUAUGUCUAUUUCUAGAUUACAUUGAAAGGGAUUUUAUUUCAAUUUAUUAUGAAUAUUGGGAUGUGUAUUAAAUAUGGACCAAAUGUUAUUUACAUCAUUUAGAGAUCUAAAAAAAGACUUCUAUUUAUAGUA